AUGAUCAAAACUUUGGGUGUGGCUUCUGCUCGCAUCCUCUUCUCCAGACAUCCAUCAAUGGCCUCUCCUAUUCUUCAGAACCUCUGCUUCUCAUUUGCUGCCUCUAAGCUCUCUGUAUGGGAUUGUCGGAAGUUCACUGGAACUUGUGGCGGCAACGAUGAGUUCAUAAAAGGAAAUGUGUAUCCAAAUGGCGUCGCUCUCAUCACUCUUGAUCGACCUAAAGCUCUCAACGCCAUGAAUCUAGAAAUGGAUUUAAAGUACAAAAACUUGCUUGAAGAAUGGGAAUAUGACCCACAAGUCAAAUGUGUUAUUGUAGAAGGUAGCACACCUUGGGCCUUUUGUUCAGGCGGUGAUGUGAAACAGAUUACAACCAGAAAUCAAUUUUCAGAUAUUAUGACAGAGUCGUACAAACCGCUUAAUAACGCUACUAAUCACAACCGCCCGCUUCCGCAAACUCCCGCACCCGCAACCGCAACCGCAGCGGUUAAACCAGUCAGGCCCUUGGUUCUCCCGCUACCACCCGCAAACGCAGCGUUUGCGCUUAACGGUGUGAUGAAAACUGAGUACCGUAUUGCUCUACGAUCUGCCUUGCGGAGUGAUUUCACGGAAGGUGUUAGAGCAGUCCUGAUCGACAAGGACCAGGUUUCAUGA